GGAAAAUCUUACCCCUCCCUUGGAUUUUGGCUCACUUAUCACUAUCAGUUCUCUCUCUUUGAACUCACUCAACCCACCGAGUCUCUGACAGAAAGUCACAGCUCACAACACAGACACACCCCGGUUCUCUUUCUUCUUGGAUCUACACUCCACUCCAUUAUUGCCUCUCCGCACUUACCUUACCUUUCCCAUUUGGAAUUGGCCCCCCUUCUAACUGUCUCACUAGAAUAAACGCCCACACUCAUUCAUACAAAUACUGAAAUACAAAUACAAUGUCCCUCACUCUCCCUCUUCUCCUCCUCCUCCUCCUCCUCCUAACCACGAUUAUCACAACCACCACCACUACCCCUCUCCCCUCUCCCUCUCCCUCUCCCUCUUCUUCCUAUCCUUAUGGUUUCUCUUACCACAUCGACUGCGGCAGUCCCACUAACACCACCGACCCUUUCAACACCACUUGGCUCUCCGACCGCUACUUCUCCGGUGGCGCCACUUCAAUCGUCUCGGAGCCCCUCCUCUUCCAGCACCCUCACGAGAAGACCCUCCGCUUCUUCCCAACCUCCUCCGGCAAAAAGAACUGCUACACCCUCCCACUCCCUCCUUCCUCUUCUACUUCCUCUGCUCACCGCCGCUUCCUCCUGCGCACCUUCGUCGUAUACGACAACUACGACGGCAAGGCCCACCCUCCCUCCUUCGACGUCUCCGUCCGCUCCACCAUCGUCUUCUCCUGGCGCUCCCCCUGGCCAAGCUCCCUCUCCCGCCGCGGCGCCUACUCCGACCUCCUCGCCUCUUCUCCCUCCGACGCCGACGCCGUCCCCGUCUGCUUCUACAGCUUCGCCACUGAUCCCCCCGUCAUCUCCUCUCUCGAGCUAUUCUCUGUCGAUCCGAAUUCCUACGACGCCGCUUCCACCGCUACCACCGACAUUGUUCUAGUCAACUAUGGCCGCCUCUCUUGCGGCUCCGGUCAGUGGGGCCCGGGCUUCAGUGCAGAUUCCGACCGAUUUGGCCGGUCCUGGCAGGCCGAUUCUGACUACAGGACCGCCAAUUCCGACAAAUUUGUGGCGGUUUCCACCAAGUACGGCAUCAAAGGCACCGACCAGAAGCCAAAUUACUUCCCGGAGAAGCUGUACCAGACUGCGGUGACAACGGCGGAGGAAGAGGGGGGAGUAAUUGAGUACGAAUUGAGCGUGGAUGCGAAGCUUGAUUACCUUCUGUGGCUGCAUUUUGCGGAGAUUGAAGGGAAGGUGCGGAAGGCGGGGGAGAGAGUGUUCGAUGUGUGGGUCAACGGCGAGAAUUUGACUAGGAUUGACAUAUACCGCAGCGUUGGCGGUUUUGCGGCGUACACGUGGCAUCACACGGUGAAGAAUUUGAGUAGCAGUGCUCUGAGCGUGAAGUUCAAGGGUGUGAAGGGUGCGCCUCUCAUCUGUGGGGUUGAGAAUUACGCUCUUGUCCCUAAUGAUCCUUCCACUGUUCCCCAACAAGCGGUUGCCAUGAAAGCAUUGAAAGAUUCACUUCGGAUUCCAGAGAGGAUGGGUUGGAAUGGUGAUCCAUGUGCACCUACUAAUUGGGAUGCAUGGGAGGGAGUUACCUGCCGUAUGAGUAAGGAUAACACUGGUCUCGUGAUAAGUCAAAUAGAUCUGGGCAGUCAAGGCUUGAAAGGGGACAUAAGUGACCAGAUUAGUCUUUUGUCAGACUUGGUAAGCCUGAACCUGAGUUCUAAUUCUUUGAUGGGUGAAAUACCUAAUGGACUAGGCCAAAAGUCGCUGAUACACCUGGAUCUGUCCAACAAUCAGUUGACGGGCUCCAUACCAGAUAGUAUAGCUUCAUCUAGUUUGAAACUUGUGCUAUUGAAUGGUAACUUAUUGGAAGGACGAGUGCCGGAGGAACUUUAUUCGAUUGGUGUCCAUGGUGGAGCUAUUGAUCUCUCCAGCAACAAAGGUUUGUGCGGUGUUCCAACCUUGCCAUCCUGUCCUAUAUUUUGGGAGAAUGGAAGGUUAUCUACUCAGGGUAAAAUUGCAAUAGGCUUGUCAUGCUUUUUUGUUUUCUGUGUGGUGGUGCUGCUGGUCUUUGUCUUCAUCAGGAGGAGAAGAAAUGAUUAUGACUUUGCUCUGCCUCAUGAAUUAACAUCAUUAGCCGCCAAGAGAAACAGAUACCAGAGGCAAAAGUCAUUGAUGCUUCUUGAGAUGGAGAGUCAACAUGCCAAGGGAUUGGUAGCCUCACCCUACACUCAACAAUAACCCUUUCCAAAUGAAAUUGCCCAAGGAAGGAUUGAUUUUCAUAUUUUUCGGCUAAACAUACACACCAACACAGCCUAUGGGAGAUUGAAAGCCUUACUCCAUCAAUCGUUGUCUCAUCAAGGAUUCUAGAAUCCACUUGUUAUAUAUGUGUUGCUUUGUGUCACAUUUUUUUGACCAAUCACAUGAAGGCAUAUUAUAUACAAUAUUAUAUUGCCUUUUAUGUCAAUACCCGUCUACUGCUUCUGCUGAAUGUGUAAUGGGAACAAACAAAAAGUUUAAGCAUCUAUGGAUGAAAUUUGACCAAGUUAGAGUCCAUUCUUUUUUUUAUACUCAUUUGAUCUGUGUAGCUACUAGAUUUUUCUUUUUUUAUUAAUUGUGAAUUUGUGAUGUAAUUGUCUUUUUUUAUUAAUUGUGAAUUUGUGAUGUAAUUGUGUAGCUAAAGUAGCAGUGACUGGAUUUUGUUGUACGAUGUAUUUUAAGCUUCUGUUAUAGUAAAUAAAGCUAACGGAGAAAUCUCAAUA